AUGUUUGUUGAACAACAACAUAUUCGUUCGCCACCACCAUUGAAUUAUCUCGAUGCAGCAUCGAACAGUUCGGAAAAUGACUCUUAUGUUAGUGGAGCAUUUGCGAAUUCGAAAAAUCAAGGACAUUACAAUGUUAGACGAUAUGAAAAUGGAAGUAAUCCGUGUAGAUAUCUCUUUCGAUGCAUUCGAAAACUUUGGGCAACGCAACAAACGGAAAAUAUCAAUUGUGAAGAAGAUUUGAGUGCGUAUGCUAAGACAACCAUUCGAGAAUUGGCUAUUUAUCUGAUUUUUGUUUCGAUUCUAUCGAUUGUGGUCUUCGGUAUGGUCAAUCCAAAUAUGUACACAUUAACGCAAGGCUUAAAAGGUGUUUUUGUCGAUGCUCAUAUGACUGACGAAUCGAACAAUAAAACAGGUCCAUCGUUUACCCAACUCGCUCAUAUUGAUGAAUUCUGGCAGUAUAUGAAUGAUAUUGCUGCCCCUGGUUUUUUCACCGAGACAUGGUACAAUGAUGAUAAUGUUAGUGACUAUGGUUAUAUUCUGUAUGAGAAUCGACUGUUAGGAGCGAUUCAAAUGCGGCAGAAGAAAGUGCGUAAUAAUUCUUGCAUUGUGGCGAAUGAUUUUAAGCAUGAAAUCAAAUUCUGCAUGAAUUCAUACGCACCGGCAUUUGAAGAAAAGAAUUCAUUUGGUCCGUGUGAAAAUCUUGAUGCAGAUAAUUGCACUGUUGAAGCGUUUAAAUAUUCUCCAUCAACUUCAUUGUUCGGAUUUCGUACAACAGGAAAAGUGGGUGAAUACGAUCAGGGUGGUUAUAUUCAUACAUUUGCUUCAUCUCAAGAAGAAUUCAAAAGUCAAAUCGCUGAAUUGAAGGAAAAUCUUUGGAUCACACUUGGUACUCGAGCAAUUAUCCUUGACUUCACAGUUUACAAUGCCAAUCUUAAUCUAUUCUGUCAAGUGCAAUUAUUGUUUGAAUUUCCAGCUGUUGGUGGUGUUGUUACUUCAUAUAAAUUUCGCGCAGUUAAACUACUUCGUUAUGUCAAUAUCUUCGAUUAUUUUGUUCUCAGUUGUGAAAUUCUUCUGGCACUCUUCGUCGUCUACUACACAAUCGAAGAAAUGCUCGAAAUCAAAACCAUGAAAUCGCAAUAUUUUGGAUCCGUAAUGAAUUGUUUGGAUUUAAUCGUCAUCAUUUUAUCGUAUGUUUGCAUGGCAUUCAAUAUCUAUCGUCAAGUUCAAGUUAAUAAUUUACUCGAUGAAUUAUUACAGACACAAAAUGGACAAUUCAGUGACUUCACAUUUCUUUGCUACUGGCAAUAUCAAUUCAAUAAUAUCAUCAGUGCAACAAUCUUUCUUGCAUGGAUUAAAAUCUUCAAAUACGUCAGUUUUAAUAAAACAAUGACACAAUUAAGUCAAACAUUGACCAAAUGUGCCAGAGAUAUAUCAGGUUUUGCAUUGAUGUUUUUCAUCAUCUUCUUCGCAUUCGCACAAUUGGGUUAUCUAACGUUUGGCAUUCAAAUUGAAGGUUUUCGUUCAUUUCAAUACUCUGUUUAUACAUUAUUCUUGGUUAUCUUGGGAAGUUUUGAUUUUCCAGCAUUGCAACAAGCACAUCGUGUUCUCGGACCGAUCUUCUUUUUGGCAUAUGUCUUUUUCGUCUUCUUCGUCUUAAUGAACAUGUUCUUGGCUAUCAUCAAUGAUACGUACAUGGAAGUCAAAGCUGAACUGCAGAAGAAGCAGAGUCGUUUUGCAUUAACCGAUUUUGUUAAACAAGGUUAUGCGAAAAUGCGCGAUCGUCUGGCAGCUAGACACAAUCGUCUCGCUGAUAUUCGCAAAGUUUUAUCCAUUGCUGAUGUGAAUUGUGAUAAAGUCUUGGAUUUUGAAGAAUGGCGUACUGAAAUGAAAUCACGCGGCUAUGCAGAAGAAGAAAUUGAACAAAUGUUUGCGCGCUACGACACAAACGGCGAUCGAGUCUUAGACGAAGAAGAACAGCGCAUGUUGAAACAGGAUUUAGCCAGACAAAAUGAAGCUAUUGUUCGGGAAAUGAAUCAAUUGAACAUGACAGCUGUUAAUGGUAGAGUGGCAGUGAUACGUGAUGACAACAGUGUACGAAAGAGUAGUACAUCGUCUUCACAAAAUUCAAAAGCACAAAACGUGACUAUGGAUGAGUAUUAUGAUUUGGAUCGACGAGUUGAUUCAAUGGAAUCAUCUGUUACCCUUCUUCUAUCCAAGAUCGAUACUGUCGUUUCGAAACUUGACGCAUGCGAGAAACCUCAAAGUUCGGCUACGCAUCAUAAACAAUGA